CGCAGGCAGGGGCCGAUGACCCGGCAGGCAGAGCCCGCAGGGCAGGAGCAGGGGCGGGCUGGGGCUCCCCCAGGUGAGUGGCAUCUCGGGAGGGGUCCAGAGAGCCUGGUCUCCGCCCGGGCGGGGGCAGACCCCAGCGGCCCCGUCUCGGGGGGGCUGGGGGCAAGGGAGGGGGUGAUGUGAAAGGCAGGAGACUCCCUGCUGGCGAGAAACCUGCAGGCACCGGGUCCUGCUGCCUGGCAGCCGCCGCUUCGCAGGUAAUCCUCUAAUGGAUCAAUGAAAGCAAAAUGAUGACAAGUUGUGGUCACCAGUCCUUGAAUGCGCUGAUGGUUGUGUUCUCAUUACUUUUAUCAGCAGCAUUGUCUGCUCACUUUCGGGUCUGUGAGCCAUAUACAGACUACAAAGGUCGCUACCACUUUGGUUUUCACUGCCCACGUCUUUCUGACAAUAAAUCUUACAUCUUUUGCUGUCACCAUAACAACACAGUAUUUAAAUACUGCUGCAAUGAGACGGAAUUUCAGACUGUUAUGCAGAUGAACCUAACAGGGAAUGCAGAUGGAUAUAUGCAUAACAACUACAGUGCAUUAUUAGGAGUGUGGAUCUAUGGCUUUUUUGUGUUGGUCCUGCUGGUACUGGACCUUUUAUAUUACUCUUCGAUGAACUAUGAUAUUUGCAAAUUUUACCUGGCAAGGUGGGGAAUCCAGGGAAAGUGGAUGACGCAGGGACAGAGCCGAUGGAUUAACCCUGCUCAAGAUACAAGCCAAGUACAGACACAGACACAGCCUCAGCCUCCACUUCAGCCACAGCCUCAGACGUCACAGGCAGUACAUACUAUAAAAGGAGAUGCUUUAAACCCACCACUGAUGUCUUUUCAGAGUACAUCUGCCUGAAAUCUUGCUGUCCAGCGAUUCAUGGGCUCUGAAAUGAUCCAAGUGACAAGUUGGCUCAACUCCUGGAGAGGGGUAACUUGUCAACAGUUUUGUGAACUUUAAUUAACUAUAUUGGACCUUCAUAUCCUUUUUCCUAGCACUGAUUUUUGCUAAUGUAUCCACUAAUUGCACUGGGCAAAAUUCAAAAACUUGGAUCUCCUUGUCUCUCCUGAGAGUGAAGAGGGUGUCAAUCAGACCUUCUUGGUGAUGGUGUUCCAGAGUAGAGAGAAGUUGGAACAGUCAGUCAUAUCUGAAGAGCAAGGAAUGAUGUAAGUUAUGUACCUAGUGCAGUAAGAGAGCAAUUUUAAAAUAGUCUCAUGGCUUCCAGGUGCCAAGCAGAGGUAAAUACUUUGAAACCGCUAUCAUAAAACAGCAGAAUAGUCUUCAGAAUAAAGCAAAGAGUGGUAUCCUCACUAUGUGAUAAAAAAAGUAUUCCGGCAUGUCCAUGCACAGGUACAAGUGGAGAGAGGACUUGAUUUACACAUAAUAAAAACACUGUUUGAGACAUUUGUCCACACAACAAAAUAACUGCACAUUCAAGUGAAUAGAAGGAGUUUGUGCUAGAGUUGGUGGCCAGACAAGAAAAAAUAAGAAGUUGGGUGGAGUCCAUUCAAAAUGCUUGUUUUUCAUGUUUUUGGCCAUAAACAAACAGACAAAAAAUUCAAAAAUAAAUCCUUUUGAGCCAAAACAAAAUGUAUAACCUCAUUGUUUUUAAAUAUGUAGCCUUUUUCACUUUUUUAACUUUUCACUAGAUUCCUCAGAUUUUUGUACUGAUCAAAUUCAAAAGUGCAACAGGCGUGUGAUGGAGGCAUGCUGGACUUUUUCCUAAUAAAAGUCACCUGCAUUUUAUUGUACAAAGCAUAAAAACAGUGUAUGUGGCAUGCUUUAUGAAUAGGGGUCUCCCUAAAUUGCAGGGGGACUUACCAAUUUUUGCAGGUUGAUCAUGGUCUAACUCUAAUGGUCAUUUUGCAGCAGCCAUGCCCCUUGGUGCUGACUGUUGGAGAGGCCCUGCCCCUCAGUGCAGA